AUGGCGCCUCAUCGCAAGAAAAAGAAGCCUGCUUCUAACCCUGCCAGGGGAUUCACAACAGUUUCAAUCCCAUCUAAAUCACAAAGUACCAGCACUGAAGCUUUGCCAAAGCCAGAUAUCCUACCUACUGGAGUCGAAGCUGAAAGCACAGUCGCCCAGCCUGAAAACAGGCAAGCUGAAACUUCUCUGGCAGAGCUCUCGCCGGAGGAGCUGGAAAAACACCUUGAAGAGGCUGAAUUACAAUCAUUUCUAGACAAAUAUGCAGGGAAAUGUAAGAGCGAAGCUUCUCGCCAGGCAGGAAAGCUCGAAACAGAGCGUCGCACUUUGCGUGCUCAAGGGGUGGGCCUUGACACCCGAGACUGGUUAACUCCAGAUAUCCGCGAUAUGAUCCUUGAAAAAGAAACCAAAGAAGUUGAAAAACUGCCGUCCUUCUUUAAGUUCGAUGAGAAUUUCAAUUCUAUGGCGAACGAAGAGGACUUGUGCAUGAACUUGUGGACGCUCAAGCAAACCCUAUUAAAACUCGGGUUUUCGGAGCACCAGGUUGAUGAAGCACUGGGAGGGAUUCUCUUACACUGCUCUUCUGACGCAGCGUCAAGUAAGGAUUUCGCGUGGGGUGUGUACCAAGCCUUUGAAUGGCUAGCACUGCAUUCUGCAAACGACGAGCUGCCGCCAUAUGACCAAUCAAAAACUCCAGCUCGAAUGGGCGCUCAAAUCGACGAAAAUGAAGUACCGCCUCCAGAUUCUGGAAGUAGCACUCCUGUUAGGAGAAGGACUAGGAAGAGUCCUACGAACUUUAGUGCCCAAGCGACCUUUGAGUCCGAGGCAUCUGACACAGAUCUUGACCCAGAAAACCUGAUACCUCGGUUUAUAGAGCUCCGGUCGCGUAUCUAUUACCUUAAUCCAAGUUUUUUCAAUCCUUUCAGGGCAAACUCCAAGAGGGUAAAUUCAAGUAUAACGGAUCCUACUAUCAAUGCUCAAAUAGAAAAACUAAAGAGUAAACUCUCAUUGGUUGAAAAAGAUAUCUUAUUCGAUCCCGAAGUGGCAGAAGCAAGAUGGAAAGAUAAGCUCUCUGAAUUACGCUCCCAAACGUCGGAAGCGCUGCGCCGAGGAUUGGGAGCAGCAGAGCAUCAACCGGAGGCGUUAUUGAUUAGGGACGGGGAAGCCGCAGUCACCAUAGUGCCCUCCGACAAAAGCCCUGAGCCGACUUUAUUUGACAGCGAUAACGAUGACGGUAUCUUGGGGGAUAUGUUUACGGCGGACACUACAACCCUUGAAGCAACACCCGCCGAUAAGCCUGGUAGUGAAAGUGCCACGGUUAAAAUACGCGAUUUUGGUAAACCACUUGGAAUCAGUCCGCGACGCAUCCUGGAAGAAACAUGCAGAUCGAGAGAUCCAGGGUUCAAGCUAUUUUACAGGGACCUGUCCUGCACACCUUACUCUCACCGCAAAUCCAUUGAGAUAUUCUGGUCUAAAACCCAAGAGGCACCACCCAAGUUCCCAUUACAGGACGUAAGCUACAGCUUCAGUUCCCGUUCUCUAAAAGCGUCCAUGGAUUCUAUCAAAAACCAAGCCGAUGAAGACGUCGUACUAGUUGAAAACUUCAAACGGCGGAAUGGGGAUGCAAGAUCCAAUGCAGAGGAAAGCCCCCAGCGGAAAGGUGCGGGAUUCUUAACUUCAGCACAAUACUGCCAGAGUUUGUGGACAGAUCGGUCAUCCACGACGUCCUUCAAACAAAUGAUGAUAGCUCGAAAAACUCUUCCUAUAUGGCCGUUCAAGGAGGAGAUACUAGAGACCCUCUUGACCAACAGAACUCUCAUCAUCUGUAGUGAGACUGGUAGUGGGAAGAGUACACAAAUACCCUCCUUUAUCCUCGAGAAUGAGCUUACAGCAGGUCGCCCUUGCAAGAUAUUUGCGACAGAGCCCCGAAGGAUCUCGGCGAUAUCACUUGCGAAGAGAGUUAGUGAAGAACUGGGUGAACCAAAGGAUGCUGUUGGAACGAAACGCUCCCUCGUUGGCUACGCAAUUAGACUAGAAAGCAAGGUUACAACGUCUACGAGGCUAGUAUAUGCAACUACCGGAGUAGUCAUCAGGAUGCUUGAAAAACCUGAGGAGUUUAAAGAUAUAACUCAUCUAGUCCUAGACGAGGUCCAUGAGCGUACAAUUGAUAGUGACUUCCUUUUAAUCAUAAUUCGUCGGUUAUUGUCUCAGCGGGAGGAUUUGAAACUGAUCCUCAUGUCCGCAACUGUUGACGCAAAGAGGCUUUCUGCAUACCUCGAUGGCGCACCGGUUCUAAAUAUUCCAGGUCGAACUUUCGCCGUCCAAACUAACUAUCUAGAAGAUGCAAUUGAGCUGACAAGGCAUUAUUCACAUAAAAAGGAACCUCUAGACUAUACAGACGACAGUGAAUCUUCUGACGUUGAAGAGGUUCGAAUUGACGAAGGAGUACGCUCAACAUUGGCCGGAUACAGUAAACAAACUAGAGACGCCGUUUGUUCCUUUGAUGAAUACCGCCUUGAUUACAAACUUAUUUUGGACUUGAUUUACGCUAUCGCGACGAAACCUGAACUAGAGCGAUAUAGUAAGGCGGUUUUGGUUUUCAUGCCCGGGUUGGCGGAGAUACGGAGGCUACAUGAUAGCAUUCUCUCAGAGUCCUUUUUUGGAGAUGGAUGGAUCGUGCAUUCUUUACACUCGUCGAUAGCGAGCGAGGACCAGGAGAGGGCGUUUUUGAUUCCACCAAAAGGGAUGAGGAAAAUUGUGAUUGCAACAAACAUUGCCGAAACUGAUUCGACGAGCGACGACAAAUAUCCAGGCUCGUCGAAACGUUUAUAUCUCGCGCCAAUGCCAAACAACGCCGAGCUGGCAGAACAACAAACCCCUGAGAUGCUCCGCCUUUCCCUCCAAGACUUAAUCCUCCGUGUCAAAAUUUGCAAUUUGGGCGAUACUGAGGAAACACUCUCUGAGGCAUUGGAUCCUCCAUCGUCCAAGAACAUCCGCCGGGCCAUCGAGGCACUUAAAGCGGUUAAAGCCCUCACAGGCGCUGAAACAUUAACUCCUUUAGGUAAACAGCUCGCCCAACUCCCACUAGAUGUCUUCUUGGGAAAGUUGAUCCUAUACGGUGCCUUGUUUCAGUGUGUGGAUGCUACAGUUAGUAUUGCGGCUAUCCUAUCCUGUAAAUCUCCUUUUGUCCACGCAGGUGCAUCCAAUGAUCAGACGCAAGCAGCGAAGCGUACUUUUGGGCGAGGAAACUCCGAUUUACUCUCUGUCUACAAUGCCUACAGUGCUUGGAGCAGAUGCCGCAGCGCACCAGGAAUGAACGAAUUUGCGUUUUGCCGGAAGAAUUGCUUAAGUCCCCAGGCAUUGCUAAACAUUGAAGACGUCAAAACUCAGUUGCUGGUUUCAUUGGUUGAUACAGGUUUGGUCAAGUUAGACGUUUCUGAACAAGCGGCGCUGAACAGGGCGCGAUUCUCUGGUCGUAAACGACAAUUUUUCACCGUUCCCGACCGGUUAGAUAUCAAUAGUAGCAAUGACCUGGUUAUGGAUGCUGUGAUUGCAUGGAGCUUCUAUCCCAGAAUCUUGACACGCCAAGGAAAGGGAUGGAGGAAUAUUUCGAAUAAUCAAUCCGUGGUCCUACAUGCUACAUCGGUAAAUAAAAACGCAGAUGCCUCAAUAAAGUGGCUCUCUUAUUAUCAUAUAAUGCAGUCGCGGAAUCGGAAUUACAAUGCGCACGAGACCAGUGCCGUUGAGGAUUUUUGCAUAGCACUAUUGUGCGGCGACGCCGAUUUCAAAAUAUACUCCGGGGUCGUUUCAAUCGACGGUAACCGCAUUAGAUUUUCAAUGAAAGAUUGGAAAACUAUGAUUGCACUCAAAGCGUUAAGCACUAGGAUUCGAGAUGUCCUCGCCCAAAUCUUCCGACUUGGGUUCGCCGUUGAAUGGUUCGAAAAUAGAACGCCGUAUCGUGCGUUGAAGGAUGAUUCGAUUGACCGGGCCCUUAAUCGGCAAAAUCCCAAGACCUUUCAGCUUCUGGCAACAUCAAAGGUACCGGAUCAUCAUGGCGCAUCACCAGACUAUGGGCUGAUAUUGAGUGUCUGA